CACAAUGGAUGCGUGUGCCAUAAAAAAAACUCGCAACAAUUUUCUUCACACGUGUCGAUUUCUUACCUGUCCUUUCUUCUCCUUUUAUCGUCUCUUCUUUUUCCCUCCCCCUCUCUCUUUCUCACUUAAUCACUGCUCCGUUAUGGAACCUUUGGACGAUUCAGAUUCGAAACUCGAACGAGUCGACUCUGAUCAGACUUCAACUAGCUCCGCUUCAGGCAUUUCCUCCGUUUUCAGCACUGACGAUUUCCGUAACGGCGACAUUUCCUCUAUCAGUAGCGGUUCAGGCGAAAUUCCAACGUGCACGGUGAACCGAGUGAUUCUUGCACCUCCGUUGAUAGCUAUGUCCAAUGAAGCGGACAAAAACGAACCUGCCGCGCCGGAGGAGGUGGUGGUGACGGCUGUGACAAGGGAGAAGUGCGUAGGAAUGAAUAACAAGGGAGUGAGUUGGGGACAUACUUCGGUGAUUGGAAGACGGAGAGAGAUGGAAGACGCCGUCGCUGUUAUUCCGGGAUUCAUGUCACGCACUUGCGAUCACGUCGGCGGUUGUACUGCUCCUGGUUCUAGAUCCUCCGGCGAGAUCAGUCCUAUUCAUUUCUUCGGCGUUUACGACGGCCACGGUGGCGCUCAGAAUUAUGAUAGAUCAAAGCUUGAUGAAGAAGGGAAAGUUGCUAAAUUUUGUGCAAAGCGAAUGCACAAUGUUAUAGCAGAGGAGUGGGAGCAAGAAAUAGCAGGUGGCGCUGAAUGGCAGAAAAGGUGGGAGGCCGUAUUUGCUAAUGGAUUUGAGAGGACUGACAGUGAAAUUGAAUCAGACGAAGUUGCCCCAGAAAUGGUUGGAUCUACUGCCUCUGUGGUUGUUCUAUCUGGUUGCCAGAUUAUUACAUCCAACUGUGGUGACUCAAGGGUGGUUCUUUGCCGCAGGACUCAAACAGUCCCAUUGACUGUGGAUCAGAAGCCUGACAGAGAAGAUGAACUCUUGAGAAUUGAAGGAGAAGGAGGAAAAGUCAUAAACUGGAAUGGAGCUAGGGUUUUUGGUGUUCUUGCCAUGUCCAGGGCCAUAGGUGAUCGGUACUUGAGACCAUGGAUUAUUCCAGUGCCAGAGGUAACUUUUACAGCUAGAACUGACGAGGAUGAAUGUUUGAUUUUGGCAAGUGAUGGACUUUGGGAUGUAAUGACGAAUGAGGAGGUGGGAGAAGUAGCGCGGAGCAUUCUAAGAAGGCGCCGCAGAUCCUUAUCAUCAACAGAGGAAAUAUCUCCAACACAAGUUGUUGCUGAUAGCCUCACUGAAAUUGCGAUUGGUAGAAAUAGUACAGAUAACGUUUCAAUCAUAGUUGUUGAUCUGAAAUCAAAGAGAAAACGUGUGCAAAGGCCUCCUUCAAUUUCCUAAGAAUACAACUGAUUCUCUUCUAUAGUUUUCAACCAUGAGAAGGUAAUGAAGCUCCUAGAGUUGAUUUACAAUAUAAACAGAACAAAUCCAUUGUCAUGAUGGUUCUCAGUUAUCACUUCAACAAUUGUGUUUCUCCUAACCUCCUGUAUAUACAGAAUUGACUGGCAAAAAGAAGUUGCUUCAUGACAAGUAACAACUAGCUAGGCCUUGUUUGUUACAGUGAAGUGUUGAUCGAUACCCCAUUUUACCCCUUUGGUCCUUGACAAGGGCAAAUAGAAUGAAUUUACCAAUU